CUGGUUACCGCAAUCUAGUUCUUAACCAUAUUUUGUACUCAUCGUAAUUAUCGUACCAAUACGUUUAUGUUCUAUAUUGUCGAGUCAUUAUCAACCGUCUUUCGUGCGUAUUUUUGAAUUGUACUUCCCUAUCCCUACUAGUGUCCUUCUUAAAUGUAUAUAAUAUUAAUAACUCGCCUUUAUCGGCCUACGCCACCGUGUACCCACUCGAGUCGUCGCCAACUUUGAGUCUUUCUCUUUUGCGUCACCCGUCGUAUCGUGUUCGAAUUUGAUCCGAAUUGCAAUAAAGCGCAUUUAAUAUUACACCAAAAACGGUUUACUUAUUUAUUUCAAACCUUCUGAUGACGAUAGUGGAACUAGUGUCGUCGCCUGCCGGCACUAACUAAUUAGCCGCGACCACCAAAACGUCUAAAAUCUCUUCGAUAAGACAAUUUCGGCUUCAAAAUCAUUUCAAAGUCGACUAUCUAGUAUUUUUAUAUAUUAGCUGUUGUCCGGUCACUAGUGGGCGUGACUGACGGCCAGUUGAUUUUUCUUUGUGCCGUUGCCCGUUGUUUGCAUUCCAUUUUGUGCAACACUGUACGCUGCGCCGCCGUCACCGUAACUCGACAUCAACAGUGUUUUGUAGAUUUGUUUCGUCGACUCGAAAAUUGUGAAAAGCACGUCCUUGUAUCUGCAUCUUGCAAUAAUAAUAAUCAGACGAUUUGUGUUCGAAUCAUCCACAGAAACGUGAUUUGAAGUUAAUCGAUCGAACAUUGCAAUAUCAUAUCGGUCUAGACAUUUUAUAAGCAUUCCAUUACUGCCACCACAAUGAGCGUAGACGCCGAAGCUAUUUUUUACAUCACCAAGGGCAUUAUGACACUAGAAGAAUCCAGGAAAUUAAAUGACAACCGUGAAAACUUGGACCUUUCAUUGUUGAUUGGCGUAGCGACCGAUGAUCAGCUAUAUGACCAAAUCAAAGUUGAAAUUGAUAUAUUUCAUAAGUGCAAUAAAAUAAUUGAGAAAGAGGAAAAACACAAUAAACAUGCCACAUUUUUACUCUUGGUGCUGUUCGAUCGCAUAAACAAUAUGUUUGCGUAUAUGUUUAUCCUGUUCCCCAUCAAGGAUGAACGUGUCCAUAAGUACAUACAAUUUUGCUUAAAUCAUCUUUCACUCGUAUUCACUCUAACAUCUAAAAAUAAUCAAAAAUCAGAAUAAACCACUUUGUUACCAUCUAAUACACUGGUUAAUUAAGCAUUAUAAUAUUUAAUAAUUAUUUAAGAUGAUUUUUUUUAAAUUUGUAUUAUUGUAUUAAUUUUUUUUUUUAAAUUAGAAUAAAAUCAAAUAUAAUUAUUAUUCUACAAAUUAUUGUUAAAGCAUUAUGUGAAUUGUAUGUAACAAAAAGACUUAUUAACGUUUAUAAUAUUUAUACUAAGGUAAGUACCUAUUUAUUUUCUACUACAGUUAAGUUACAAUAACAUAAACCUCAAUUAUUUGAAUUUUAUUCUCACCUCUUGAAGUGUUCAUAGAUUAUAUCUCAAAAUUAACAAAAAACACAGAAGUCAAAUUAUUUUUUAUUCCCUUAUGAGAUUUUAGUUAUUGAAAGUUGACUGUACAUACACUAAUUUUUUUUAUUAAACUUUAAUAAUGUUAUAUUUUAAUAAUUACUCAGCUUAUAUAAUUCACAUAUUUUAAAUGUUCAUUUUUUAUUCAAGUUGACAACUAUUCUUAACUCAUGUAAUGAUUAAUAUUAAGUUAUAUGAAUUAAUUAAAAAUGUUUGUGAAACAGAACACUGUUGAUUGAAUUCUGACUUAAAUGUAGUAAAGGUAAAGUCUGUUCAUUAAUGAUAAAUGACGAUUAAUGGUUUCAUCGUAGAAUUAAUUUGUAUUUACUUAAAAUAUUUAUUGAUGAAUAUAUUUAAUACAAUUCUUGUCUAUAAACAUAAAAAUCUUGUAACU